AUGUUGUCACUUCCGUUGAGGCCCCCAUCUACAUCCAGGUCAGCGCUCUCGCCGCUGGUGCUGCGGCUGGGGGACCUGGCUGGGGUCUCCGCCGCAGACCGAGGGGCUCUGGUGGAGCCCCGCGCAGGGCCCAGCUCCGGGCCGGGCUGCCCGACUUCACCGGCCCGGAGGGGCGAAGAGGACGAGGAGUCGGAGGCUUCGCGGGUCAGUGGUUCUCUGGAUGACCAGCAAUUUGUAGUUGAUAUUGAGGCCAGGUUAAGGAUGGAAGGUGUGGAACUUAAGGAAGAAUGGCAAGAUGAAGACUUCCCAAUACCCUUACCAGAGGAUGACAGCAUUGAAGCAGAUGUAUUAACUGUAUCAGGACCAGAACACCAGCCAGACCCACUAGAAGUAAAUGGAAAUAAAGUAAGAAAAAAAUUGAUGGCUCCAGAUAUUAGCUUAACACUGGAUCGGAGUGAUGGUUCCAUUUUGUCAGAUGAUUUGGAUGAAAGUGGAGAGAUUGACUUGGAUGGUUUAGAUACUCCAUCUGAGAACAGUAAUGAGUUUGAAUGGGAAGAUGAUCUUCCGAAACCCAAAACUACUGAAAUAAUUAGGAAAGGAUCGAUUACUGAAUACACAGCAGCAGAGGAAAAGGAAGAUGGACGACGCUGGCGUAUGUUCAGAAUUGGAGAACAGGAUCACAGGGUUGACAUGAAGGCAAUUGAACCCUAUAAAAAAGUUAUCAGUCAUGGAGGUUAUUAUGGAGAUGGAUUAAAUGCAAUUGUUGUGUUUGCUGUCUGCUUUAUGCCUGAAAGUGGUCAACCUAAUUAUCGCUAUUUAAUGGACAAUCUGUUUAAAUAUGUUAUUGGCACUUUGGAGUUAUUAGUAGCAGAGAACUACAUGAUAGUUUAUUUAAAUGGUGCUACAACACGGAGAAAAAUGCCAAGUCUGGGAUGGCUCAGGAAAUGUUAUCAGCAAAUCGAUAGAAGGUUACGGAAAAACCUAAAGUCUUUAAUAAUAGUUCACCCUUCUUGGUUUAUCAGAACACUUCUAGCAGUUACAAGGCCUUUUAUUAGCUCAAAAUUCAGCCAGAAAAUUAAAUACGUCUUUAACCUGGCAGAACUUGCAGAACUUGUCCCCAUGGAAUAUGUUGGUAUACCAGAAUGCAUAAAACAGUAUGAAGAAGAAAAGUUAAAAAAGAAACAAAAAAGAGUUGACCAGGAAUUGAAUGGGAAACAGGAAGAACAGAAAAGUGAGCAGUAAACUUGGAGUCCAAACAAAAGACCUGAGAAUGUGCAGAUGGAAUGAUGUGAUGCUCUUUUGCAUUAUAAUGCAUUUAUUGGCCCUUAUUUCUGUGUAACUGUUGCAACAUUGACUUGAUUUUCCUUAAUGGACUUUUGUAUAAGGGACUGUUCACUGCUGUAUUGGUUUGCAAUUCUUUUGAAUUUGAUUCUUUGAUAGCUACUUUAAUAUUAUAUUAUAAUCAUUUUGUAUUUCAUAUUGCUAAAUGUAAAAGAACCACACUUUUUUAUGAGGCGUUUUUGCAUUUGUUUUAUCUAAGUGAUGCAUGUUCUUCAGUAAACUAUUUAUAUGCGUAAAAUGGUAAAGGAAAGAGAUAAUAUAUAUUUUUAUGAUUUUUGAACAAUAUUUUAUAAUAUUGUAUACCUGCAUUAUAGAACAAUAUGCAGGUGAAUAAGGCCAUAUAAAUGACUCUGAAGUCAUUAUUUUGUAAAAUGCAUGAUGGAAUUUUUGUUUUUGUAAAGGGUUAAACACAUUUCUUAUGAUUUUAGAAAACUAGUGUGUUUUUAUGUAUUGAGGGCUGGUUAGACCAGUUGUCACAUAUACAUGGAGACUAUUCUUGUUCAUGUAUUGGAUACAUGUACAAUACGCCAUGACAGGCUUUCUCCCUUUGGUGUACAUUUUUUCCCAUUAUUAUGAAAAUGCAACUACACAAUGCAUUAUAUACUUUUUAAACAAGUCAAAAAGCCAUUUUUGUGAACUGGAUAAUUGAAGGGACUAGGAAUUGGUGGGUAUGCUUGUGUGCAUAUGUAUAGAACCUUUCAGCUUCUGGCCACAGAUAAGAACUUUUCACAUGUCUUAGGAUUGUUCACAACUGUGAAAUGAAUUGCUUGUCUAGGAUAGCAUUUGGACUGCUGAGGUAGCACUGCAGAAAAUGUGGCAAGUUGUACACUGUCAUUCUUUGUUCCAUAGAGAGCAAAAGCUUACUUUUUUAUCCUGUACCAUCAAAGUAGGCACUUAAAAAAAAAGCUAUUUACUUCCUUAUGUCAUUUUUAAAAAUAGGUUUUUUACUUCAUCCAUCAAGAUGUUUUUUUCAUGCUCAAUCAUGUUUUACAAUAUAAUAGAAGUUGACUGUAAAUCUAAGUAAUAUUAAAUUGUGUUGUCAAUUAAUCAUUUGAUGAAAACGUGUAAACUUCUUCAAUUUGGUAAGUACAUUUAUUCUACUUAUGAGAAAUGGUACACACACAACUUGGAAAUUAACUAGAAAAACUUUAUUUUGUUGAGGUUGUCUAAUGAUGAAUUUAAAGAAACGUCUCCAUCACAACAAUUCCUAAUGUGUCUUUGAAUUUUGUAAAUUUCUCCACCUUUACUGUAAAAUCAUUUCUUCAUAGACUACCUGGAUUGGGUUUUGAAUGGAAGUUUUGAACUCUCCCAGACUCUUAUGUGAGGUGUUUGUCAGAGACUCCUAUAGCAAAUAUUUCUUUUGCAAAGGACAAUUUUUCUUCACCUUUGUGUUUUUGUUGGUCAUAAAUUCACAUGGAAGGCCUGUCCAAGAGGAAAAGUUCCAAAGCAAUCUCCUGAAUUACCAGGAUUAAAUAUCUAUAGAUUCAUGAUCAUGAGUCAUUUCAGUUAUUUCAGUGUCUCAAGAUAAUGGCAAUCCUUUAGUAUUUAAGACAGAUUCAUAACUCUCUAGAUGUCAUUGACCAUUUUGAUUUUUUUUAAUGCAGAGAACUUAGGUUCUUCUCUUUGUGUUACAGUUGUCUUAUUUAGAAUUAAACUGCCUUAUUCCUCUAUAGUCACCAAGAAUGAACUGUUGUUUUAACAAAUGCAUUUGUUUUUCUCCUUAUUCUGGACUCCCCAAAUGCCUCUACCCCCAAAAUUCAACUGUAGCUAUAUGUAAAUACUUGUUUCUUCAUUUUUUACUCAGCAUUCCAAGCUGAAGUCAUUUCAGAAAUGACAAGGGGACUUCCCCAUAAUACAAAAAAUGCCAAAUUUCUUAAGGGCAAUACACUAGAAUUCUGUUACAAUGAUGUGGGGAAACAGUAACACUAGAAUUUUUUUUUUUUAAAGUUACAUCACCUUCAUGUACAGGAAAUCAAAUUUGACCCAGAGUAUAAUUGAAUCUGCAGUACAGUUGAUAGGCCUUUCAAUGCUGUUUCUGUAAACAUUUUUCUCUUGAGUAUGUUAGAGGAUUGUAAUGAUCCAUAUAAAACAAAUUCACUUCUUUUAGUCUUUAGUUCUUAAUUUGGGUUGCAGCUAUACAUACAUGUAGCAUUUAAUCAUUUAGUCCAUACGUAGACUUCAGUUCUUAAAUAAGAUGUGAAUUAGCCUUUCCAUGUAGCCACAUGGACUCCUAUGUUGACUUGUAUAAUGCUUUAGUUUUGUCUUGGUGGUUGUGAUGUAUUCUUGUUUGCAUCAUUUAUUUUGCAAGAUUUUAAUAUCUGGGCCCAGUUUGUUGAUUUCCAGCAUAAAUUUGCUUAUAUGAACAGAAGAGGACUUUGAUUCCCUGUCCAAAGCACUAGCAUUCAUGAAAGAGAAAAUGAGUUGAGACAGUUGAAGGAGAAAGGGAAUGAAUGAUGGGUUACAUGAACAAUUUACCUCCAAUGUUACUCAGUGGCCAGUGUUGUGUAGGACAUGCAUACUCAUAAAGGUAAUAAGGUGCAGAUGAUAUUUAUUAACCAAGCUCACUCUUGUGUCCAGCCAGCAACUCUAAGGAAAUGGAGGGGGAGAAUUAUUAAGCUGAAAUUGAUUACUGCAGUCAAUAUACAGAAUAUUUGAAUAAACCGAGGAACACGCAGUCCGUUAUACACAGUGAAAUAAGAGACAAUCUGACAAAGUAAUAAGAAUGUUCAGAAACCCAUUCGGGUUUGUCAUUUUCCUUUAACAUUUGCCCUCUAACAUAUCUCUUACCUCUGGAGGCAAGGUGGUGCUGGGAAAUGAGGAGCAACAGUCUUUUUCCAGUGCCCAGUGAACUCAUUUUGAUUUGUUUGCACACCCCUUCUCUGCCAACCACACAUCGUGCAUUGGCUUAUCAAAAUCUGAUCACUUCUAAACUUAGUGCUAAUGUGUAUAGAAGAACAUGGCACAGCUAAGACUGAGUGGCUAAGGGUUUUACUGUGUCACCAUGCCCUUUUUUCCACGUAGUGGAUAUAUUAAUGCAUAAUUCUCUAGAGAGACAAAUCCUAGUCAGAAGUGUAUAAGUAAUCAUGGCAGACUGAAAGGAAAUAGUUCCCUCCCCUACUAAUUCAUGUUUUUCCCCACAGAACUAUUUGUGAAGUUGAACAAAGCAAAACAAUAUGAAAAAAGUACGUGUUUUAACAGUAGUUAAAAAGAAGACUGGUGGUAGUGAAUCUGCUUUAGCAAAGUAAUCGGAAUGUCCCUUUGUGUUAAAAGGAGCAGAAAUUUUUUGACAGACCUUAGGGUAGAAUGAUUGGAAGAAGUCUAGAAACUAGCGCUGCUGGUAAGGAAACAGGCAUCCACGAGGCCUUGAUGAUCGCAUUUAUGUCACUGAGAGGAAAGCAGGGAAGAUGUCUGUGUGAUUCAUUUUUAUGUACUAAGUGUUCUGUGUAUUUCUUAGGAAGCAUUGUCCCAAAAGGGAUGCCCUAUACUGCCUCACCAUUUUCUGUAAUUUUAAAUUUGGCAUGUACCACAGGUAUGUUUGUACCUCUUCAGUUUUAUCCCUAAGGUUCUAGUAAUAGGAAAUAUUCCACAAAGGAAUUCAGCAUUACAGCUAUUUUCAUGCAACUUUAUUUAUUAUAUAAUAGGCUCCCUGCUUAAUGUACUACAUAUGUAUUGCAUAUAUAUAUAUUUUUAAUUACUAAGGAAAAUUUUCACAAGUAAAAGAUUCUAUAUCCAAUCAAACAUAAGAUGAAACUAGGAGUUUCAAGUUCACAAUUAGGUGCUUUUCAAAAAUAGAUAACCUUCUGAUAGUAUACUGUAAGAUGUACGAUUUGGAAUUACAGCACAUUUGAAGCUAUUUUGGUAUUUUUCAAACAUUGAGAACAUACUUAGACAUACCUCAAAAAUAGAUCUCAUUUACUGGCCAAAAAACCAAAUAUUUCUAAGUUUCUUGAAUAUCUACACCUGGGCUUGUACCCUCAUUUUUUUUUUUUUUUUUUUGCUUCAUCUCUUAGAUUUGUAGUGGUCACAUUUAUUUAGAGGAAAAUAUGUUUGCUUAUGUAAUCUCUUCAGUAUUGCUGGUAUUCAUUUUAUGACCUAGCUUGACUCUAAAGCACUUUGAUUUUUUACUACAAGGUCCAAAAAUUUAACAUUUAAUGCACUGUAAUAGUUAACUUAUCUAGAUGUUGUUCCUUAGUAUAGGGAUGAAUGUGUAGAAAAAGUACUGUCAUUGUAUAGUAUAAGAUUCAAUUUGAGUGUAUAAUGUUUGUAUUAAGAGUAAUAGAGGAGUCUUUCAGCCAAGGAAGCCUUUUUGGGGUUUUCUUUUGGCAUGUCAGGAAUAUGGUAAUUUGCGGUCUGUUGCACUUCAUACUAUUACAGAUUUAAUGAAUCUUAAAUAAAUUAAUUGGAAAAGUAA